CUCUGCAUUUAACAAACACUAUCAAUACACCUAAUUUAUUUUGUAUUAGAUGAGAUGGUACCACCUAACUUUUUUAUUAAGGUCACAACACUACACCCAACAGGUAAGUAGAAGACAUGCAACCACCAGUAGUGUCGACUUCAAAGAAAGUCGCCCAUAAAUAGUCUCUGUUCUUAAGCUAAAAUCAUUCAAGCUGACAAAAAUGGUGGUUAAAGUGUACGGCCCAGCCUAUGCAGCUUGCCCACAAAGGGUUUUGGCUUGUCUUCUCGAGCUGGACUUGGAAUUUGAGCUAAUUCCAGUCGACCUCGUAUCUGGAGAACAGAAAAAACCCGAUUUCCUACUGAGACAGCCCUUUGGUCAAGUUCCAGCCAUAGAGGAUGGUGAUUUCAGACUUUUCGAAUCUAGGGCAAUAAUCAGGUACUACGCAGCAAAAUGCGCAAGUAAUGGUGGAACAAACCUUUUGGGAAACACAUUGGAAGAGACUGCCCUAGUGGACCAAUGGCUCGAAAUAGAAGUCAACAAUUACAAUCCCCUAAUUUACACAAUGGUCCUCCAACUUUUGGUUUUGCCCCGCAUGGGCCAAAAGGGCAACAUGGAGUUAGUCCACAACUGCAGGGGCAAAUUGGAGAGAGUACUCGACGUGUACGAGGAGAGGUUGUCGAGGAGCAAGUACUUGGCUGGGGACAGGUUCACCCUAGCUGACCUGAGUCACUUGUCUAACACAAGGUUCUUAAUGGAAGAAGGGGGAAUGAAGGAUUUGAUCCAACGGAGGAAAAACGUGUAUUCCUGGUGGCUCGAUAUUUCAAACCGAGUAUCUUGGAAGAAAGUGAUUGGGCUCGUUAAAUGAAGAAAAGUCUAUAAGCAAUGCUUUAUUUAAUGGAUGAGUAUGAAAAUAAUUUAUUUUAAGAAUAAAAGUUGAAUUUUUUCGACCAUUUAACAAGGUAGUCUGGGGUUUAAUUUUGAUGGAUCUAUAUGUAUAUACUCGUUUGAUUUCUCUAUAAAUAUCAGUGUUUAAUCUUAGCCUGGGAAUCGGCCCUACAAGUCUAUGGGUCAUCGAAUCAAUUGAUGAACCGAAUAAUUAAUUUUAAAAUUUUAAAUUAU